AUGGCGCUUCCUUCAAACCUGGCCCCCGGUGAGGCAAGUCCCGAAUGGAUGAACAAAGGCGACAAUGCCUGGCAACUCACGGCUGCAACCUUGGUGGGCCUACAAAGCGUGCCCGGGCUCGUCAUCCUCUACGGUAGCAUUGUAAAGAAGAAAUGGGCUGUGAAUUCUGCAUUCAUGGCCCUUUACGCCUUUGCAGCCGUGCUAGUGUGUUGGGUUGGCUGGGGAUACCAAAUGUCGUUCGGUGAAAGGCUUCUCUUCUUCUGGGGACGGCCCGGCGUGGCCUUAGACCAAGGGUUCCUUUUGGAUAAAGCAUUUUCGGGCUUGUUCCCAACCGCCACGAUGGUCUUCUUCCAAUUUGUGUUUGCAGCAAUUACACUGAUUCUGAUUGCUGGUGCACUUCUUGGGCGAAUGAAUUUCAAUGCAUGGAUGUUGUUCGUGCCGCUGUGGCUCACAUUCUCUUAUACCAUUGGAGCUUUUAGCCUAUGGUGCCCGAAUGGAUUCUUGUUUAGGGCCGGCGUCAUUGAUUACUCAGGAGGCUACGUAAUUCACCUCUCGUCGGGUGUUUCCGGCUUCACCGCAGCUUUUUGGGUGGGCCCCAGGGCGAGCAAAGAUAGGGAGAGGUUCCCGCCAAACAACAUCCUUCUGAUGUUGGCAGGCGCCGGCCUGCUUUGGAUGGGUUGGACUGGAUUCAACGGUGGAGAUCCUUACGUCGCUAGCAUCGAUGCAUCUCUGGCCGUCCUUAACACACACGUGUGCGCGGCAACCAGCCUGCUGGUUUGGCUCCUUCUCGACAUCCUCUUCUUCGGAAAGCCUUCCGUCAUUGGCGCCGUACAGGGCAUGAUAACGGGCUUGGUAUGCAUUACCCCCGCCGCCGGAGUGGUUCAAAGUUGGGCUGCAAUCAUCAUGGGGAUUCUCUCAGGAAGCAUUCCAUGGUACACAAUGAUGGUGGUACACAAGAAGGUGGGACUACUAAAGAAAGUGGACGAUACAAUGGCCGUCUUCCACACGCACGCCGUUGCCGGUAGUCUCGGUGGAAUCCUCACAGGCCUCUUUGCUGAGCCCAAUCUCAACCGCCUCUUCUUCGGCUCCGAAGAUAAAUACAUAGGACUAUUAUAUGGGUUUCACGAUGGCCGCCCCAUUGCCGGCAUACGUCAAAUAGCCAUUCAGUUAGGGGGGAUUCUCUUUAUAAUCUGUCUCAAUAUCUUUACUACUAGCGUGAUAUGCUUGCUCAUAAAGCUUGUGGUGCCACUUCGACUGUCUGAAGAUGACAUGCUAGCUGGGGAUGAUGCCAUCCAUGGUGAGGAGGCAUAUGCAUUGUGGGGCGAUGGGGAGAAGUUGGAAUCAAAGCACAAUUCAGUCUAUGACGCCGAUGACUUUGCAAUGAUGGCGCCGAAAACCGGGGGCGGUGAGGUCCAGGUGACAUGAACUGUGUUAGUUCUAGUGGGGGUUUAGUAACUCUCUCUUCUUUUCUUUUCUUUU